AUGAAGCUGAUCAAAUCGACGGCCGAAGCGGUGAUGGAAUCCCUCAGAAUGCUCCUGAUCAUCUUGAUGAACCAAAUCGAGGUGAAAGCCCCAGACCAGGAGAUCACAGUGCAGCACGCGACCUCACUCCAAUCUCUCCUGGCCAAUGUGAAUGCUCAGAAGGAUCGGAUCGAGGAACUCUCUCAGAUCCUCAAAGAAACCAGAUCCCCGAAGAGGUCUUCAAGUCGCGUUGGACCCAGUCCUUCAGAAGUUGGAGUCCUAUCGGACCAUUCAUGGGAGCUGGAGGAGGAAGAGGAAAUCAGAGCUGCAACGAGGACCCCACCCAAGAAGAGCCAGCCGAGAUCCCAGGGAGCCUCAACCAUGAGCCACAUGAACCAGAACCUGAUUCCAGAGAACAACCGAGAAAGUCAACUCGCGCUGACUGCUCAGGCCUUGGAGUCUUGGGGCAACAAGAGAGUGUCUUGGGGGAAAACCCACAGUGGGAGACGAUUCACCGAAGUGUACGAAGAACAUCAAAGCUAUGUCGACUGGAUCAGUGCACGAGCCAAGAACGCGACUCCGGCCAUGCAAGACUUCAUCACCUACUGCCAAGCCCGAAGCGACAUGGAGAAGCAUGCACUGAGAGGAGAAGCCACAGAGGUCCCAGGUGUAGGAAAAGUAGCAGUGGAAGACCCUGGAACCAUGUCGGGGACACUUGACCUGCAAGUCCCAAAGAGUGACUCCACCAGCAGAGUCAGCGAAGAGCCUCAUGCUGAGAAUCCUGAAGUCUCGGCGCCCGACUUUUCACAUGUCAUGCCCGCCAAUUCAUGGACGUCAGCUGCAGUGUCGGUGGAAUUCAACCGGAAGAAGAACCCUCUAGAAGAGCCUCACAUGAACCUGUGUCUGAAGCUCGAGAACUACGUCCUGAAGAAGUGGCCAUCCCAGAAAGUGUUGACCAUGAAUGGUGGGAAUGAGAGCAUUGAAGACAGCAAUAUCGUCUAUAAUGCCUUCUUUUCAGAGUCAAACGUUCCCGGACCUGCCAUUCCAAGCGACGAAGAUACGCUGUGGGAUGAUGCUCAAGAGGACCCGCGACCAUACUGUGAGUAUGAAUUCGAGGUCCCCAAGCAGCAUGUCCAAAGGUUCAUGAAAGAUCCCAAAAUGAACACCUCAUUUUUAGCCACUGCAGCCAGACGUGCACGUUCCGAAGUCCGAUAUGCCACCUUGAAUGCAUCCGAGAAAGAUCUCUUUGACAAAGCCAAGACCAAAGAACUAAACUGUUGGUUAGAAACCAGUGCCGUCAGGAAAAUCAUGAGAUCUAAAAUUUCCCCCAACCGCAUCAUGACCAGUCGAUGGAUUUUAACGUGGAAGCCCGACCCAUCCAUGCCCAAGGGUCAAAAGGCAAAAGCCAGACUUGUUGUACGGGGCUACCAAGAUCCCGAACUUGAUCAGGUAAGCACUGAAUCCCCGACUUUGUCUAGAGAUGCUCGAAUGCUGUGUUUGCAGAUGAUUUCAUCGAUGGGUUGGGUAGUUCAGAACUUCGACAUCACCACGGCCUUUCUCCGUGGGAAAUCCGACGGAAGGCAAUUAGCCAUGGAACCCGUUCCGGAACUCCAGAAACUUUUGAAAAUGACAAGUGACGAAGUCCUGUUGCUGGAGGGGAACGCUUAUGGCAGGGUUGACGCACCACUGCUCUUUUAUAAGGUAGCCUUCAUCCAAAAGAACAUUUGCAAGGCGACAGUGUCAACCCUCUUGGAUGCCAACAGAGUGCUGAUUGAAGCCCAGCAGACUGCAGACACGUCCAUAAUGGUGUCAGUGCUACGGCUGGGAAGAUUUCGAAUCUUUGAUGAGAGCCAAACGUUGCAGAACAACUCACACCGCAAGAUCGCGGCCAAGUGGGUAUCCUUGCCAACUGCAGCACUGGAAGAUGAGGAUCCGCUGCCUGGGGAAAUCACAGACUUCGCCAUCGCCACUGCGCAUGGCUCAAGGCACGGAGGUGCAAAAGCGAGGACGCUGCUGCUGUGGGCAGCCAGGUAUCGAGAAGUGUAA